AUGACCUCCCGUUACAACGUGCUGUCAAUAGGGGCUCAUCCCAACCUUGCCUUUUAUAACUGGCGGUUGUUCAGCUCCAAAACUUGUGAUCUCACGGUGGUCAGUCCGUCCGCGAAAUCCAAUAGCACGUUCCAAUGGAGUUCCUUGCAAUUUGGCAAUUCCAGGUACUCGCUGUCAACGGUAUACGAGUCUCUCGAUCUGUACUUAUCCAGCACAGACUUAUCCAGAACCAAGAUCGACUACAUAUUCGUGUCCGCCACGUCGUUGCAGGAUCUGGCCUUGGUGUUUGGCAAGCUGGCCAAAGUGGUUGUGGCACAGCUCUCCAUCGGCUCGGUUCCUGCAAUUAUUGUCGAGUCCACCAACUUUGUCAAUUUGGAGCCAUUUGUCAAGCUGUCAAUGCAGCUCGACGCCGACGUCCCAGUGCUGUCCAUCAUGUCCGACUACGAUAUCCGUCUCGUGGGAAACAAUAACUACCACGUCUACAAAAGCAAAAAGGAGAGUGACUUGCUGUACGUCGGCCGUAGUGGUACCGAGAAUGAAUACACGAAAACCGACAUCAAACUUAUCAACGAGAUAUCGGACCUUUUCGAGAGCGCCGGAAUUGAUGUCUACAAGCUCAGCACCCCGGUGGAGUUCCUGUCGUACCAAUGGAAAUUCGCACUUCCUAAAAUAACUAUUGAGCCGUUGUCCAUAUUAUUUGAAAAACCUUUUCCUGAUCAGCUUCAAGAACAAAUUUUGGCAAAGCCGUUGAUCUCGGGGCUGAUCAAGGAGAUCAUCAGUGUCAUCAAAACCAUGGGAUGCAAGCUGUUCAAAAGCUAUGACAGCGAAUCCUCCAUGCUCCAGAGAUUGAGCCAAUUAUACCCGGUCGUUGACCUAAGCCCCGAUUAUUCAGAAGCCCCAAAACUGUUUUACGAUUUCUACAACCAGAAUGAGGUCUACCUCGACCUUCUUCUGUUACAGCCUAUUCUGAUUGCGGAUGACUUCCAUAUCAAGACCCCAUACUUGGAAUUCUUGUACGCCAUGAUGACCCAAGCAUGCAACAGCAAUGUUUCGACCUUGGAGAAUCCAACAUCGAUAUUCUGGUUGCGCAAAAACACUGAAAAUAUCAGACACCUGAAACUGCAACAGGAUGAGCUCUCAGUGAAAAACGCCUUGAAGGAGAAAGAGAUUGCGGAAUCGAAAAAUAGACUAGCCCAACCCGCAAUCCUGCCUCCUACUCUCCAUCCAUCUCCCCCAGCCUCUCAGUCAGAGAACACUGCAUUCAACUUUGAAAACAAGGAGUACAACCAGCCUAAUAACCAGAGAUCAUACCCUACUAAUCCACAACCUGUUGUGGCAGCAAACGGCCAAUAUGUGAACGGAGCCGUUGUUCCGGACCAGAACAUGGAAACUGACCUUGAGGAACUCUCCGAAAUGGCCCGUGCGUAUGUGAUUUCCGACCAGACGCAAAACGCCCAAGCACCAACUGGCAACUAUCAGCCAAAACCUAUUCCGAACAUUUUUGCUCAACAGCGGGAAGCUCAGCAAGUCCAGGCUCAACCGCAGCCACAGGCUCAGCCUGCGCAGCAAUACCAACAGUAUUUCCCGCCACAGCAGCAGUAUCAACAGCACCAUCCACAGCAGUAUCCACAGCAGCAAAAUCCAGCCCAGCCCGUUCAGCAAAUUCCCGCUUCUCAAGUGCAACAACAAUACUCUGCUCCACCCACAGGUGCCGAGUACUACAAUGGGUCGUCUUCUCCAUCUUACGCCCCCCAACAGGGACUACCUCAUGGGCUCCCUCCUCAAGGAUUGCCUAACCAGCAGCAAAUUCUUGCGCAAAAGGCACCUCCUGCGCCCGUCAGAAGACAAUCUGUACCAUUGUCUUACACACAGGACAAUUUAUCGAUGAUAUCUGGAAUGAACGGCCACCAAUCUGCGUACGAGGGACAGGAUUACUACGGGCAAAUGGCCAGACAGCAUAGCAGACAAUUCAAGCCUACAUCCAGAAAGAACCGCAAGUCCACAAAUUUACUCAAUGGUGUUGCACUCGGAAACGACACCAGAGGUAUGCCAUCAAGACAGUCUAUGAUGCUCGGGCCUCCUCAAAGCUCCGGCAUGAACAACAUGCAGCAGCCAUACCCUAUGAGACAAAGUUCCUCGGGCACUUUGAACCAGAUGACGAGGAGAAGCCAGACAUCUAAUGGAUUAGGCAUCAAUGGGGCAUACAAGCAACCAAAACCACAGCAGCAACAGACUGCUCCUCCUCAAAAACAGCCUCAGCCAUCAGCUCCUCAGCAGCUCGCACAAGGCACAGCAGCAUACCCAUCUACUGCAGUUCCUACAAAGCCUGCUGUCCAGACCGGUUCUGGCUCUGGUUCCGCCUCUAUCUCUGGUUCCGGCUCUGAUUCUAGUCUGCCUGCUCCAUCUCAGGCAAACAACCUACGUCCGGUCCCAGAAGCGACGCCUGCUCCAAACACACCAGCAUAUAUUCCUCCGACUACGUCGGAAUCAAAAGUUCCCGAGAAAAAGAAGAAGAAGAGAGGUUUCUUCGGCAGGAAGAAGUGA